UCGAAGACAGGCUUCACACACAAUAUCCCACACAAAGAUCCAGACCAAACAAGCUUGUGCCGCCUUUCCGCACCGAGAUCAACCAAUAUCAAGAUGAUGACGCCAAAGAGCCUUGUUAGCCUGGCAGCUGCCAGCCUGAUCGCCUUCUCCAUGAACGCUGACGCCUUUACCACGCCCUGCAUCUACCAGCAGUACAAAUGCGGCUACACCAUGGUUGCCGACUAUGGCUACACUGUUCCUGAGUUGACCGCUGCCGUCAACAUGACUGGACUGAUCAUCCCUCCCUUGACGGACAAUCAACUUCUGGGGGCCCUCUACCGCUGCAGGGACAUUGUGGGCAGCAUCGUCGGCAACUCGUUCUGCAUCAGCGGCUGCAUCACCAUCGCCAACGUCACGAUAGACGACAUGUGCGCCUUCUAGGGGCAGCCCCCCGGGACUGGCUCUGGCUCUGGUAGUUUACCGAGCGGGCAGUAAUUUGUUUCUCGGGCAUGAACACAUUCACGACAACAAAGGAAGACAUGGUCUUUGCAUCCGUCGCUUCUCGGAGACUCUUUUAAGAUUAUUAUAACCAUGGGAAAGGCUACGAUGUGCAUGAACCGGGUCAUCGGGAUUGUAGUCACUGGGCUUGUUUUCCUUUCCUCGACGAAUACUGCAGCUGGUGGCGUGCCGGCGAGAAGUCUACAGGUGAUGGCGGGCAGAGCUGUAUCAGGGUCCGGGCAACUAAAAUAGAAGUCACAAUCUAACCACCCGAGUGUUAUGCGAGCCGUGCCGGCUGUGACUAAAUUACCG